UUUUUUGCAUUAACCAUAACCAUCCCCAGCCUCCUCAUCCACGAUGAUGCAAUGCCCUCGAAAGUGCAGAGACAUCAAGCGGUGUACGCCCCUGGGGCACCGAAUGGGCCAACACUGGGACCAAAAACCCCACAUCCAUGAAUUCUAUCGGCCAGUGCCUUGGUUCUUUGUCGCCCGCGGGAUCUCGCCCGACGCGUUGCUGUGCCAACCGGUCUCCAGAACUCCCACCGCAAUUCAAUAGUCUUUCCCCAGUAUCCAGCCUCGCGCAGAUAAAGCGUGCGAGGAGCUGCGCGUCUAUCGACAGUAGAUGACCACCGACUGCCACGCCAGCCGCAGGUACUGUAUGACACCUCAGAUCGCCACAGAGCAUCGUCACCGACAACGCGGAGGUGGGGUCGCUGCUGCACUGCAAAGCAACCAGCACCUGAGAUAUAUAUCCCGACACAAUGGCCCGACUCAACCCCAACAGCCCCAUCAAGCCCGCGGUGUUCCGGCCUCAAGCCAAGCCCAAAAUCACCCAGACGGUCGUUCGCGAGGUCUCCCAGUAUGCGACGUCGUCCGCGUCCGAGGCAGAGGAUGAACCCCAGCAACAAUGGACAGUCACCACACUGAAGGGACAAACAAAGAGCGACUCGGUAGUAACAACAACCACGACAAUAAUCGCGAAGUCUCCACAACAACAGCCCGAAAACAAACAACGAAGAGUCCGACACCAAAGAACCGGGACCGUCUCCAGUGGGAUUUUCGAUAUCUUCUCCGAUAGCGAUGGCGGGUUCAGCGAAACCGAGUACAGCAGCGCGCGGUCCUCAACCCGCUCUUUGUGCGAGACACGGACAACAGACCCUUUGAGACUGUCGCAGAUCAAUUCUUUGUCCGCAGCCCCUUUGUCCCAACCGCCGCCCUCCCCGCGGCGUAGCAGGUCAACAAGGAAGCCGGAGACCUACAAUUACGACAAGGAGAAUGACCCUAUCGAGCACGAGCACGGGCAGGAUCGUGACGUUCCCCCGCUGUCGAGGAACCCGUCGGAUGCGUCGUCGUCGUCGUCGUCGUCGAGUCGCUCGCCGAUGCGUCGACCAGCGGAUACUCGACCGACACCAGGAAGAGGCAUGUCGAAUACCCGUCGCCUGCUUACGGGCUACCGACGGCCAGAACCCGAGUCUGCCGACGAAAAAGAAGAAAGCGAAGAAGACAAUGAUGCCGACUCAAUGGCUGAUUUCAUUGUCAGCGACAAUGAAGACCCCAGUUACCACAAUACAUCCGAGGAUGAAACAGCGGAAGAAGAGUUCGAGAAGCCCGCGCAGCCCUCGCCCUCGCCGCCCCGAACAACCACAAGAAAGAGAUUGUUCAGGGGUCGACGACCGGGCUGCGAAGAAAGAGAGAUAAAAAAAGAUCUGCAAGAAGAUCCAGCUGCAGCUGCCUCGGACAAUGCGGUGGAUCUGAAACUGGCACCAUCCUUGCCCGCCAGAUUGACAAUGGCAGCCCCCAAGCUGGAGGCCACGCCCAGACGCCUCUUUCAGGAGGAGAUCAACCUCGCCGACAAGCUGAACAAUCUGCACCUGGAGAACAAUGAUCCGGCCUUCCAACUUCAGCAGAAUCCAUUCACGUCCGGUCAAUACGAUGACUCUCCAACCAAGAGAUCGCAGGCCAACAGAAGCAUUGAAUCGGCAACGGGGACGACGACAACGACGAAGACCUCGACCCCGCCAUCGAGUCCCUCGAAGGGACGCCUUCGAUCCCCCACGAAAGACAGACUUCGGGUGCACAUCCCGCCCACCCCCCACCGCGAGAGCGCAGACGCCUUCUGGAGCGAGGAAGUGACCAACGACUGGGUUACGCAACACUCCCCCUGCAAGGUCGACGACCUCCUCCGGGAGUUCGACGAGGAGUCUGACGUCGAAGUCAUCGACGUGGACAUCAUGCCCCGGGGAGCCAACCGCGGCAGCCAACCACCAGCCUCCCCCAACCGCAAGCCUCUCAGCAAGACGGCGCUCAAACGCGCCGAGACCGAGAAGAAGAAAGCCGAAAAGGCCCACAAGCAAGCUUUUGACGCCUCCAAAGCUGGCUUCGCGGAGAAUUUCUUCAAGACGCUCGACGAUGCCGUGAACGACGGCCAAGUCCAGAAACUCGCCGCCACGACCGGAGGCGUGGAGAUUGUGUGGAGCAAGACCCUUCAAACCACCGCCGGCCGCGCCACCUGGAAGCGAGUCACGCCAGGCAAGCAGCAGCAGCAGCAGCAGCAGCGCGAGUCCGACCUCAGCGGAUCCGACAAGGACACCCCCACCAAAGCUGCCAAACACUACGUCAAGAUCGAGCUCGCCGACCGGAUCAUCGACAGCGAGGAGCGCAUCAUUAAGACGGUGGCGCACGAAUACUGCCACCUGGCCAACUACAUGAUCUCGGACGUGCACGACAACCCGCACGGGGAGAGCUUCAAGGCGUGGGGCCGCAAGUGCAUCGAGGCGCUGCAGGACCACCCGGUCUACGGCGGCGGGCGGGUCGAGAUCUCCACCAAGCACAACUACAAGAUCGACUACAAGUACGUGUGGAGCUGCGUCGACUGCGGCCAGACCUACGGGCGGCACUCGAAGAGCAUCAACCCCGUGCGGUCGCGGUGUGGCCGGUGCCACGGGCUGUUGCAGCAGAUCAAGCCCAAGCCGCGCAGCGUCUCGCCGCGGAAAAAGCAGCCGCUGUCGCUGCUGCCGAAUGCGAGGGGGCUGCUGGCGGAGGUGGCCAAGGUGAUGGAUGGGGUUGCCGCUGUGACUACGCUGGAUGAUUCCGACUAGCCGUGGAGGUUCAAUACGAUAAUGUAGUCUUGAUGGUGUUUCUUUGGUGCUCAGUUUCUUAGCGGUGAUGCAUUGGUGUAUUUAUUUCGGGGUUUGGUUCUGUACUUAAUUGUGGGUGCUGCUGACC